AUGCUCGAAGCGUCACUUACUAUGGCGGUCGUGUUCGGCGUACGCGAUGGUACGCACUUUCAACAGUUCGCGGCGGGUUCUGUCGCCGUAUCUGCCACUUCCGCUGUUAGGUUAUACAUUCACACUGCACUUGGACGAUCUGAACGCGACAUUACUGGUUCCGAGUGGGAAUCCAACUUACCAGUCGCGAAAUCAAUAGCGCUUUUGAGCUACUGGAGCGAUGAUAAACAUAGAAUCACUUGGAUCCAUCCCUUCUCCGCA